AUGGCUGACAAUUCGCAAUUAUGGCCUCCAAAAUUUGAUGAAAAUCAAAUUAAAGAUCAUUCCGAUAUACCGGUUCAUCAUAAAACAGUUGAAGAAGUUAACAAGGACGUAUAUACAGCUCCAGGUAAUGUUUCAAACGUAUCUGCUCAAAAAAUAUCUGCUGAAAGAAAUUCAUCAAAUGAUGCUCCUAAUUCUCGAACUACUCAAUCACAACCAUUAACCAACGAAAGUGCCGUCAGUAAGGAAAGUGCUAAUCGACCAAAAUAA